AGAUCGUGGCCGCCGACAUCGCGUCCGCGGCUGCCGCCACCGCCAGCCCCGACGGCCCCGAGGGCACCUUCGUGCAGCGGCAGCUGGGCGCCAUGCUGCAGCCGGCCGUCAACAAGUUCUCGCUCCGCAUGUUCGGCAGCCACAAGGCGGUGGAGAUCGAGCAGCAGAGGGUCAAGUCCGUCGGGUACUGGAUCAUCCAUCCCUACAGCGAUUUCAGGUUCUACUGGGACUUGAUCAUGUUGCUCCUCAUGGUUGGCAACCUCAUCAUCUUGCCCGUGGGCAUCACGUUUUUCAAGGAUGAGAACACCCCUCCGUGGAUCGUCUUCAACGUCCUCUCAGACACCUUCUUCCUGGCCGACCUGGUCCUGAACUUCCGCACGGGCAUCGUGGUGGAAGACAACACCGAGAUCAUCCUGGACCCUCACACCAUCAAGAUGAAGUACCUUAAGACCUGGUUCCUGGUGGACUUUGUCUCCUCCAUCCCCGUCGACUACAUCUUCCUCAUCGUGGACCUGGAGACCCAGGUGGACUCCGACGUCUACAAGACGGCGAGGGCGCUGCGCAUCGUCCGCUUCACCAAGAUCCUCAGCCUCCUGCGCCUCCUGCGCCUCUCCCGCCUCAUCCGUUACAUCCACCAGUGGGAGGAGAUCUUCCACAUGACCUAUGACCUGGCGAGCGCGGUCGUGCGGAUCUUCAACCUCAUUGGGAUGAUGCUCCUCCUCUGCCAUUGGGACGGCUGUCUCCAGUUCCUGGUCCCCAUGCUGCAGGACUUUCCUGAGGACUGCUGGGUCUCCAUCAACCACAUGGUGAAUGACUCGUGGGGCAAGCAGUACUCUCACGCCCUCUUCAAGGCCAUGAGCCACAUGUUGUGCAUCGGGUACGGGCAGCAGGCUCCUGAGGGCAUGACGGACGUUUGGCUCACGAUGCUGAGCAUGAUCGUGGGGGCCACCUGCUACGCCAUGUUCAUCGGCCAUGCCACCGCCCUCAUCCAGUCACUGGACUCCUCUCGCCGCCAGUACCAGGAGAAGUACAAGCAAGUGGAGCAAUACAUGUCCUUCCACAAGCUUCCGGGAGACACACGCCAACGGAUCCACGAGUACUACGAACACCGUUACCAAGGCAAGAUGUUUGACGAGGAGAACAUCCUUGGGGAGCUGAGUGAGCCUCUCAAAGAGGAAAUAAUCAACUUCAACUGCCGCAACCUGGUGGCCAACAUGCCGCUGUUUGCCAACGCUGACCCCAACUUUGUGACGGCCAUGUUGACCAAGCUGCGCUUCGAGGUCUUCCAGCCGGGGGACUUCAUCAUCCGGGAAGGCACCGUGGGCAAAAAGAUGUUCUUCAUCCAACACGGCGUGGUCAGCAUCCUGACUCGAGGCUCCAAAGAGAUGAAGCUCUCAGAUGGUUCCUACUUUGGGGAGAUCUGCCUCCUGACCCGCGGCCGGCGUACGGCCAGCGUGCGUGCCGACACCUACUGUCGCCUCUACUCGCUCUCGGUGGACAACUUCAAUGAAGUCUUGGAGGAAUAUCCCAUGAUGCGCCGGGCCUUCGAAACCGUCGCCAUGGACCGACUGGACCGCAUAGGUAAGAAGAACUCCAUCCUGCUGCGCAAGCGGGCCGAACACAGCUCCAGCUCUGUCAACCAAGAGAUCAUCCAGCAAAUCGUCAAGCACGACCAAGACAUGGCACACAACAUCCAAGAGCUGCAGCCAGUGGUGGCCGGGCGCGAGCUGAGCGGCAAAGCCGUGAUCUGGGAGCCCCUGGUGCACGCUCCGCUGCAGACCGCCGCCGCCACCACAAACGUCGCCAUUGCCUUGACGCACCAGCAGAGCCUCGCGGCUCACAUCUUCCUGCCCCCUUCUUCUGUAACCAGCCCUCUGUCCCCCGACGCCACGCUAUACCCUCGCCAGCCCCGGCGCUCCCAGCCCAGCUUGGCCGGCUCGCGCCCUUCUUCGGUCAGCUCUCCCGCUUCGGGGGCGCAGUCCCACUUACAGACGCCGGCGGUCGGGUCUCCGUCCUCCCCUAUGGUCCAGUGCCCGUCGCCCUUGGAAAGCACCGGCCCCCGUGGCGUUCCUCUCGGACCCCCCAUCCCGCAGCCCAUACAGAAAGCGGAAGCUGCCCCAAGCCAGCCUCAGCUCUCCAAGUCCCGCGGAGCCUCUGUCUCCACCUCGCUCCUGCAGCAGCCGGUGAGUGUUGCGGCCAUCCCGCCCGGACGGACUCUCCACUACAGCCUCUCGCGGGCCACCGGCUCCCACAUCUCUUUGUUUCUGCAGCCGCAGCAGCUGGUCAAACACCGCAGCACACAGGGCUUGUCGGCGGGCCGCCUCACCCAGGAUGUUAGGCCGCUCUCGGCCUCCCAGCCUUCCUUGCCGAACCGGCUCACCCAGCCGGCGGACAUGGGCCCCCCUCAGCAAGCCCGGAAGUCGGCCGGGAACCUGACGUACCGGUCGUCUCCUUCGGUCCCCGGGCUUCUAGCCAAGCCGGCCCCCGGCGCUGCCAGGCGUCCUGUUUCUCCCCAGCAGGCCGCUUCGGGGUCCAGCCGGUCCGGGAGCGGGCCCAGCACCCCGCAGUCGCCUGCCACCACGCCCCGCCACACAGCUGCCCCGUCCCGCAAAGGUUCUGUGGCGUUCAGCCCCGACGUGGACACUGGGAAAGCGAAGCUCACGUCCAAUAUGUGAGGCCGCAAGAGUCCAGGGCUGCACUUUCUGGUGUCGGAAGGUCAGCCUGUAGGAAAGGCAGGCCUGGGCGGGUGUGGGGGCCAGGAGGCCCGUCCAGAGAUAAGGAAACGGGUACUUGGGCAAUUUGCCACCAUCUCGGGGCAGGCUGUCCGCCUCGAACGUCGGCCUGAUGGGUCUCUGAGCCAUGACUGACUGGAGAAGGAGGGAGGGAGCUGUUUCCUCGAGGAAAGCCCAACGUCCCCACUGCCGCCAUCUUAGCUCCUUGCCAAAAGGCACCCGCCGAGCCCCGUGCCACACCUGCAGGGGGCAGGAAGCCAGGCCGCAAACCCCCUCAGCCACCCUUUGGUUGGGGACACAUGUCCUUGGGCCUCAUUUCUGCCCUGCCCACUUUGGACCUAUUAGUGCCUCCACACACCCAUUUCCAGGCUGCCCUUGACGGUGGGUUGUGUGGGCUUUGCCCCAUAUCGAAACCCCCACAGGGCCAGUGGGGCGAGGAGAGGCAGCAGAAGGGGUUCGCUUUUGAUAAAGCCUGGGCGCCCCGUUCCCUCAGCACAGCCUGUCUUUUUGAACGUGAAGGAAGAGGUGCGGAGAAGGCCAAACGACAGUCCCAGAAGUCUCCGGCCACACAAAAUCUGCCUCCGACGUCCAGCGCUGGGCGGUGACAACAUUGUGGACACUCCUGGAUGAGUGCCAUGCCCCCUUGUACCCUGUCUCUCCCCCUCCCUUGAGGGAUAUUUUUAACAAGGAGAUAUUUUAUCUGGUCCUACUUCUCUUCCCCAACCUCCCCAAGCCCGUUCUCAAUUUGUGCAAUAUGAGAUCUCAAGGUGUCUUGUGAGAGUGUGUGUAGCUGUAGAAACCCCGGUUCCAUGGGAGAGGGGAGGAAGGACACCCGUCCAAGUCCUUUGCCCCCCACAUCUGUCCGUCUCUUCUGUCCCGGAGACAAUGGGUUGGAAAUCCGAUUCUGAUCUUGCUACUACUGCCAUAAACUUAGCAGCUGGGCCAGGCGAUAGGGAGCCCCCCCUUAUACACACCUAUAAACCCCCUGUGUCUUCUUCCCAACCGAACUGGUUCAGGGACCACUCACUUGAAGGUGCAUCGAGGCCUACCUGGUAGGGCUGCACUGCAGACUUCCUCAGAGGAGUCUGCUUGGCAUUUUGAUCCCAGUUCCAUCUGGGGAAGGUGGCCUUAGAAAGCACCUGCCCCCUCUGCUUCCGAUUACCGUAACUACAAGUUCAUCCAUACUAAUGUUAGAAUCAUAGAAAUGUAGAAUUGGAAGGGACCCUGAGGGUCAUCUAGUCCAACCCCCUGCGAUGCAGGAAUCUCAACUAAAGCAUCCACGACAGACGGCCAUGUUGUAACGUAUAUAGGCAGUUUCUUGUGCCUCCGCCCAUUCUCUGUCAUCUGUAUGAUGCUCUCCUUCAAAUCACACUUUCCCUUCCUUCAAAAUCCCGAUUCAGGGAGGGGGAAGUGUGAUUUGGAGGAGAACCGACGACGGAGCAUGAAUGGGGGUCCAGGAAGCUGAUGAUCCACAUUCAACGGCUGUAGGGAGGGCCCCAGAAACUUAUGUACUUCUCCCUGGUUGCCUUUACUGUAGCUCUGUCACUCGAUUGAAGGUACUUUUGCCUAUCUGAUUUAGAUGAUUCACCGGUAAAUUAAUCAACAAAAUCUGCACACAUUGCCUGCAUAUCAACAAGGGGGAAAAAUCAUUCAUAUAUACAUACAUAUACAUAUGCGCACAGUAUACAGUUGUAUCCAAAGUUCUGUCAGCGCAAUGAUUUCUUUUUCUGCAACAGAACAUUCUCCCCCAUGCCUCCCACCACAAAUCUGUUCUAUGGGGUUAACGUUAACCCAGCCCUCUGGAGUAGAUGUGGGGAUAGCAUGGGUCACACACAGUGGGGAAGAACCAUGGGGAGUUCUGUGCUAAUAGAAUGAGCAUGAGUUAGAAUUUGUCUCAAACUCCAAUCUGUUAAUCCGGGGCUGGAGAACCUGCCCUGCCCUCCUGGUGUUGCCGGACUCCAACUCCCACAAUCCCUGAGCGUUGGCCAUGCUGUUUGGAGCUGAUGGGAGCUGGAGUCCUAGAAUAUCUGGAGGACCAGUGGCUGAGGAAGGGGGUACGGGGGUGUGGUCCGCCCUGGGUGUCAUCACUGGGGUGUGUGUGACAAAACGAGUUUAAAAAAUAAUAAUAAAUUGGGCUCAUGGAACUUUUUAGGAGUUCUGCUGUUUGGAGCUGAUGGGAGCUGGAGUCCUAGAAUAUCUGGAGGACCAGUGGCUGAGGAAGGGGGUACAGGGGUGUGGUCCGCCCUGGGUGUCAUCACUGGGGUGUGUGUGACAAAACGAGUUUAAAAAAUAAUAAUAAAUUGGGCUCAUGGAACUUUUUAGGAGUGACGUGGUGGCUUAGGCCCCUGUAGGUUCUGUGCUGCCUGAAACGGCAGCAUGGGACUUACGUCUGCUUACCGCCUCUGCCUCAGCUGCCCUACAGCUGAGGUGGAGGCGGCGGAGAGGCGCCAAGCGUCAGAGAGGCUUGCCCCGCCCCCUGGGUGGAUCGCCCCGCCCCCAUGGGCAGGACACGCCCCCACACCAGGCACCCGAGUGACUAGCUAUGCUGCUGUGGAGGACCACAUACAUUCCUGAUCUCUGGAUUAAUCGGAUGAAAUGAUUUAAACGUUUCGGACUGAGUAAAGAUUCUAAUUCCAUUUCAAUACAGGCAUUCCCAUUCUACACUCAUACUCAUAUUAAUAUUAUCUUAAAAGAGGCACUCCCCUUUUACUCUUCAUGUCAGGAGGGAAUACCUCUUCUAAAAAGCCAACUUCUGUGACCAGUACAGGCACUGUAUCCAACUUUACACCUACUCACAGUAGACCCAUACAGGGCGAUUCUCUUUCGUCCAUCGGUUUUCAGUUGGGUCUUCUCUAAGAAGAACCCACCCUCUAGCAAACAAAGUAAGCUUUUACUAUUCAAAGCUAUUGUGUUAAAGAGGCAGAUUUGUGCAGAUUUAAUUGAUUUGUGCAGAUUUGAUGGAUUUUUGCUAUUUCUUUAAUCAAGUGACAGCCCUACUUUGUUUUCCUUUUGGUUAUUUUAAAAAGUAUUUUUUAAUUGGAUUUUACUCAUAUAACCCGAAUAACAAAAUAGAAUUUCAUGAAACAAA